CACACACUUGGGCAACCGCUCUACGCAAGAAAUCCGAAAGCGGACAAUUCCAUUGGUCCACGUCUCGGAAGUUUCAACAGCACAAACUUCACAGCAGCGCACCCUCUUCCCUCCUGCAAAUAUUAUCCCUCCCUGUCCUCUCCUCCCGCAGCAGAACCGUUGUCGGCAAUCUCCAUAUCCAAAGUUUCCAUUUCCAGCAGCAACACGCUAGCCCAAGAACCGAUCUCUGAAAUUGGCAUUCCCACAGCUUUAUCGUCUUCUUCCAUCUCCCCCGAGGUGUUUCGUUUGCUCUUUUGUAAUUCAAUAUCUGGCGUCAAUAUUGGGUGUGAAUCUUUAGAGGCACGUCCUUUCUAAGUUCAGCAAGUUGAUACUUUGCUAUGAUAUUGAGCCACCAUCAGCAUCCUCACUUUCACUUCAAUCAUGGUCUGCAUGAGUUCGAUCCAGUUGUCUCGGGAGUUGAAGAUCUGUAAUCGCCACAAGCCUACCACAUUUUAUGGCGGCGCAUCAGGAAGUGGUAGUAGAAUUGAUUUUGUUGGCUUCAAGCAUUCUUCUCAUGGUUUAAGGCAGGAUCCUUGGAGUGUCCACCUUCUGAACAACAUACACCACGCACCAAUAAAUCCCGCUUGUUCCAGAUUUAAGGUCUUUAUCUGCCAAUCUGUUUUAACACCAGGUGGAGGAAAUGGGAGUCCUGUUCUGGAAUCUGCGGCCACACUUGUGACAAGGUCAUUUGAUACUCUACGUGGAAGCCCACUUCUGCUGAAGUUGAUCCCUGCAGUUGCUGUCAUUGCUUUUGCUUCCUGGGGCAUUCAGCCACUUGCUCGUUUAGGAAGAACCAUUUUUUUCAAUAAAUCCGACAAGAACUCUAACCUAAAUGGUAUUUACUAUGCAAUUACCACUUAUCUUAAGCCUCUUCUACUGUGGACAGGAGCAAUACUCAUCUGCAGAGCCCUGGAUCCAGUAGUUCUUCCAUCUCAGGCAAGCGAGGCCGUGAAGCAACGUCUUCUAACUUUUGUACAAUCAUUAUCAACUGUGCUGGCUUUUGCAUACUGUUUAUCAAGCUUGAUUCAACAGGUACAAAAGUUCUCCACAGAGACGAAUGAUUCUAGUGAUGGUGCAAGAAAUAUGGGUGUUAGUUUUGCUGGAAAGGCUAUUUAUACUGCGGUUUGGGUUGCUGCUGUAUCACUGUUCAUGGAAUUGUUGGGAUUCUCUACCCAAAGGUGGCUGACAGCUGGGGGUCUUGGUACAGUAUUGCUCACCCUCGCUGGUCGAGAGAUAUUCACUAAUUUUCUCUCAAGUGUAAUGAUUCAUGCAACUCGCCCAUUUGUUCUCAAUGAGUGGAUUCAGACAACGAUUCAAGGUUAUCAGGUUUCUGGAACAGUUGAGCAUGUGGGAUGGUGGUCACCAACAAUUAUUAGAGGAGAUGAUCGAGAAGCAGUUCAUAUCCCCAACCAUAAGUUCACGGUUAGCAUCGUAAGAAAUCUCAGCCAGAAGACUCACUGGCGCAUCAAGACGCAUUUUGCCAUCAGUCAUUUAGAUGUCAACAAAAUCAAUAACAUAGUAGCUGACAUGCGCAAGGUUUUGUCUAAAAAUCCACAAGUAGAGCAGCAAAGAUUACACAGAAGAGUUUUCCUUGAGAAUGUCAAUACUGAGAAUCAGGCUCUUAUGAUACUUGUUUCAUGCUUUGUCAAAACUUCGCGUUUUGAGGAGUAUCUCUGUGUCAAGGAAGGCAUACUAUUGGAUCUCCUUAGAGUCAUAAGCCACCAUCGAGCUCGUUUAGCCACGCCCAUCCGUACCGUCCAGAAGAUAUAUGGCAAUCCUCUUGAUCUGGAUAGCAUGCCGUUUUCAUCACCAAGAGAAAAUACUAAUAACCGCUCGCUGUUGCUGGUUGAACCUAUGUAUAAAGUCAAUGGUGAGGAAAAAGGCAAAGCUCCUGGUCGUGGAGCGAGGCCUAGCGACGAGAAAGAGGUCAAAGCAGAAGAAGCCCCCUCGACACUAGACAAGGCGACCAGUAGUCCACCACCAUCUGAUAAGCCGCCGACGAACUCCAUCUUGAGCAGUGAACCUUCGGAGCAGGUUGUGGAGAAGUCUGCUGCUGCUGCGUCGACAACUGCAAGGCCUACCUCGUUGGAGGAGAACAUAGUACUAGGAGUUGCACUGGAGGGGUCGAAGCGGGUGCUUCCAAUUGAAGAAGAAGAUGAAGAAGAAAAAGAGACAACUCCUCCGUCUGUCGAAACAAAGGAGCUAGCUGCUAGCAGGAACGGAGGUGGAUCAUCAUCUCCUAGCAGUACUGAUAAAAAGGACAAGUCAGACAUUGACAAGCCAUAGUUUCUCAGGCGACGGCAGAUUGAGUGGGGAGUGAGAUGAUUAGUAAUGUAGCAUAUUGGUUUUAUUUUUCGUCGUCGAUUUAACUUCUGUGCAGGAAAUGCGGCAGCUGUGUUUUUCAAGCCUGGCGUGUAGGAGUUCAUUCGAGCCUAUUUUAUUUUCCUAUUCCCCUUUUGCCCGUGUCUGUGUGUAUAGCUUUCUGUAGCUCUGGGGAAAGAUGUGAAAAUGCAAGUACAGUAGAUCAGAAGUUCAAAACUAAUGCGUUAUAAAACAUAUGUAUUCUCUCCUAGUAGAAAGAAGUCAAGAACCAGUUUCUUCGUUUCUAAGCCACUGCCACCCUUGUGAAUCUGUCAAUUUAUAUAUCGAAAUAGUGAGCUACUUGACGUCCGUCGGCCGUCGCUGACACAACUGCAGGCUGCAGUUGCAUGAAUAUACAAGUUGCAGAAGCCAGAAAGCAUGAUGUCGGAUCGAAGGGCCUCAAUGAUCUAACAAACCAAACUUUUUUUUUCAAACAACAAAUCGUGCAAGUUAUGAUUUACACAUACAA